GGGCUCGGCCCUGCCCCACGGCGCCUCUGGGGGCUCGGCCCUGCCCCAUAGCGGCGGCAUGGGGGCUCGGCUCUGCCCCACGGCGCCUCUGGGGGCUCGGCCCUGCCCCAUAGCGGCGGCAUGGGGGCUCGGCCCUGCCCCACGGCGCCUCUGGGGGCUCGGCUCUGCCCCAUAGCGGCGGCAUGGGGGCUCGGCCCUGCCCCACGGUGCCUCCGGGGGCUCGGCCCUGCCCCAUAGCGGCGGCAUGGGGGCUCGGCUCUGCCCCACGGCGCCUCUGGAGGCUCGUUCCUGCCCCACGGCGCCUCUGGGGGCUCGGCCCUGCCCCAUAGCAGCGGCAUGGGGGCUCGGCCCUGCCCCACGGCGCCUCCGGGGGCUCGGCCCUGCCCCAUAGCGGCGGCAUGGGGGCUUGGCUCUGCCCCACGGCGCCUCUGGGGGCUCGACCCUGCCCCAUAGCGGCGGCAUGGGGGCUUGGCUCUGCCCCACGGCACCUCUGGAGGCUUGUUCCUGCCCCAUGGCGCCUCUGGGGGCUGGUUCCUGCCCCAUGGUGGCGGCGUGGGUGCUCGUUCCUGCCCCACGGCUGCGGCGUGGGGGCUCGGCUCUGCCCCACGGCGCCUCUGGGGGCUCGACCCUGCCCCAUAGCGGCGGCAUGGGGGCUUGGCUCUGCCCCACGGCGCCUCUGGAGGCUUGUUCCUGCCCCAUGGCGCCUCUGGGGGCUGGUUCCUGCCCCAUGGCGGCGGCGUGGGGGCUUGACCCUGCCCCAUGGCGUCUCUGGGGGUCGGCCCUGCCCCACAGCGGCGGCGUGGGGGCUCGGCCCUGCCUCACUGCGCCUCUGGGGUCUUGGCCCUGCCCCAUAGCAGCGGCAUGGGGGCUCAGCCCUGCCCCACGGCACCUCUGGAGGCUCGUUCCUGCCCCACGGCGCCUCUGGGGGCUCGGCCCUGCCCCAUAGCAGUGGCAUGGGGGCUCGAUCCUGCCCCAUGGCGUCUCUGGGUGCUCGUUCCUGCCCCAUGGUGGCAGCAUGGGGGCUCGGCCCUGCCCCAUAGCAAGCGGCAUGGGGGCUCGAUCCUGCCCCAUGGCGCCUCUGGGUGCUCGUUCCUGCCCCACGGCGGCGCCUCUGGGGGCUCAUGCCUGCCCCAAAGCCUCGUGGAGACUUGUUCCUGCCCCAUGGCAUUGUGGGUGCUCGUUCCUGCCCCACGGCACCUCUGGGUGCUUGUUCCUGCCCCACGGCACCGAGGGUGCUCGUCUCUGCCCUACCGUGCCUAUGGGUGCCCAUCCCUGCCCCAUAGCCCCCACAGGUGCCUUUCUCUGCCCCAUAGUCCCCAGGAUGCCCUUUGCUGCCCCAUGGCGCCUAUGGGUGCUCAUCCCUGCCCUAUAGCCCCGGGGGGGGGGCCUCUCCCCACCCUAUAGACCCCUAAGCACCUAUCACUGCCCCACAGCCCUCUUGGGUGCCCGUCCCUGCCCUACAGCCCCAUAGGUGCCCGUCCCUGCCCCACAGCCCCCAUGGGUGCUGUCCCUGCCCCAUAACCUCUGUGGGUGCCCGUCCCUGCCCCAUAGCCCCGUGGGUGCCCGCCCUGCCCCAUGGGCUCCCAUCAGUGCCCCACAAGCCGCAUCCUGCCCCACGGGCUCCUGUCCCGCCCCACAGGCCCCUGUCCUGCCCCAUGGGCUCCUGUCCUGCCCCCACGGGUUCCUGUCCCGCCCCAUGGGCCCCAUCCGGCCCCACGGCCACCCGUCCCGCCCCAUGGGCCCCAUCCGGCCCCACAGGCUCCUGUCCAAUCCCACGGGCUCUCGUCCUGCCCCAUGGGCUCCUGUCCCUCCCCACGGGCCCCGUCCUACCCCACAGGCCCCCAUCCUGCCCCAUGGCUGUCCGUCCCACCCCAUAGGCCCCCAUCCCACCCCAUGGCCGUCUGUCCUGCCCCACGGGUCCCCGUCCUGCCCCAUGGGCUCUCAUCUCACCCCACAGGCCCCCGUCCUGCCCCAUGGCCAUCCAUCCCACCCCACGGCCCCUGUCCUGCCCCAUGGCCAUCCAUCCCACCCCCCAUGGGCUCCGUCCUGCCCCAUGGCCGUCUGUCCCACCCCACGGGCCCCAUCCUGCCCCACGGGUCCAUGUUCUGCCCCAUGGGCUCUCGUCCCGCCCCACGGGCCCCAUCCCGCCCCACAGGUCCAUGUCGUGCCCCAUGGGCUCUCGUCCUGCCCCACGGGCCCCGUCCCGCCCCACAGGUCCAUGUCCUGCCCCAUGGGGGCUCUCGUCCCGCCCCAUGGGCCCCGUCCCGCCCCACAGGUCCAUGUCCUGCCCCAUGGGCUCUCGUCCCGCCCCACGGGCCCCGUCCUGCCCCACAGGUCCAUGUCGUGCCCCAUGGGCUCUCGUCCUGCCCCAUGGGCUCUCGUCCCGCCCCACGGGCCCCGUCCCGCCCCACAGGUCCAUGUCCUGCCCCAUGGGCUCUCGUCCCGCCCCACGGGGCCCCGUCCCGCCCCACAGGUCCAUGUCGUGCCCCCAUGGGCUCUCGUCCUGCCCCACGGGCCGUCCGACCCACCCCUGCGGGCUCCCGGCGCCGCCCCUCCCCCGCUCCUCUUUUGGUUACGUUUCAAUAAAUUGAGGCGAGUUUGGUUUUUCCUUCGUUUUUUUAAUUUCCAGCCGGCUCUCUGUGCGGCGCCGGGGCGUGACGUCAUCGCAAGGGGGCGGGGCCUAGCCGGGCCCGCCUCCCCACCCCACCCUUUCCUACUGCGCACCCAUUGGGCUUCAGCCCCCCCCACGUGGCUGGUGAGCCCCGCCCACAAUUAG